UGGGCGUCUCCGUAGCGCCCCCAGUGGGGUGCGGCGUGGAAUCAAAGAACAGCGUGUCAUUGUGGAGGUGACACGCUAGAAACUCUUCGGGUAAAUCAAGAGAGGAUGGAUUGUCAACGGCGACAAGCUUUUGGGUCGGCUGUGGCCAUUUGUAGCAACGUUACGUGGGGAUAACAAUGGGACUUAUAUAUUUUCAUCUAGCGCUGUAACCACCAGUGCGUGACACUACCGUCCUAAGGGAAAAAAAAAAGAAACAAAAAAGCGUGUUGCGGUCCACACCCCACCAGAGGAGGAAACUGUUCCCUUUGCUUGGAUUGGAAUUGCUUUAUCACCCCACAGUUCUGCCUCCAAGUCGUGAUUCUAAAGAAACAACAUGUACUGUCUUGGCCGCUGCUAGCUUGCUAGCAAAGUUGGCUGCUCUUAAGAACUUUGCUGCUGGCGAAACUCGACUGAUGACUGACUGCUGGACCACAAGGGCACGAUGAUGGGAUCUCUGAAGGCUCUCCAAGAGUGGUGUCGGAUACAGUGUGAAAAUUAUCGCGAUGUGGAAAUCAAGGACAUGUCGACGUCCUUUCGGGACGGCUUGGCAUUUUGUGCCAUCAUACAUCGCUACAGACCAGAGUUGAUAGACUUUGACUCACUUUCUAAAGAUGACAUCUAUGAGAACAACCGACUGGCCUUUGAGGUGGCUGAGGCACAGCUAGGGAUACCUGCACUGUUGGACCCAGAAGACAUGGUAUCAAUGAAGGUUCCUGACAGGCUCAGCGUCAUAACCUACGUCUCCCAGUACUACAAUUUCUUCAAUAAUAAGUCUCAAGCAAACCCUCCCAGUAUGAAGAGGCUAGGUUCUGUCAAUCUUAAUGAGCCCACUCAGAAAAGGCCUCCAACUCCACUUGAGGACAAAGAGGCUGAAUCUGAGCCGGGCCAGACCAAGGUGGUGGGGGUAGAAGCCUACAAGCGCAGUACGAUCAGCAGCACCUGCACUGCCUGUCAUCAGCACGUCCAUCUGGUGCAACGGUUUUUGGUAGACGGCAAGCUUUACCAUCGAAAUUGCUUCAGGUGCACUGAGUGUCGUAGCACUUUGCUACCUGGAUCUUACAAACAAGGAAGUGAUUCUGGGGCUUUGAUCUGCACCCACCACCUUACAAGGCAAGCUUCAGCGAACCAGAAUGGCCGUCCAGAUCUUACCAGGAGACCGAGUGCGGUCCAUUCAAUGAGGAUCGGUCGCAGCAAGACACCCCACACCUCAGCCUCUGAUACAGACCAGCAAAUGACUGCAUCCUCUAUGGAUAAAGUGAACGAUACUGACAUGCCAGCUAACGUAACUGUCAUCAUCACUCCUGUACCAACAAACGAGGUCUCCUUGGAAAACCCAGAUGUACUUAAUGACAGUGGACAAGUGGAAGAAAAACACCGUCCCUCUUCUCCUCCUAACCCUUUUGACGACAGUGAUGAGGAAGAUCAUGAACAAGCGGUAGAAGAGGACACAUUAACCAGUCAUAAGGCUAACGGGGACCUCACCUCGAAAGCUACCAAUCAAAAUGAACCUAUUACCCGACCAGUGCCAGCACCUCGCCGGGUUUCUGAGCCCAGCCCUCCGCCCCGGCCAUCCCCAAGAGUGAAGCUACCCCGGACAGUGGACGGCCUUGCAAUUGGUGAACAUCCGAAGCCACCCACCCCUCCAAAACCCAGAGAGAGAUCCCAGUCUCCUAGAAGCUUGUCCAGUGGCACUCAUAAACCCAAAGACCCACCCUGGCUUGCCCUGGUCCAGUCAGAAACCAAGAAGAAGAAACCCCCUCCCCCUCCCCCCGCAGGACUCUCAAUACCUCCCAACACGAGUUCUGUGUGUUCUCUUAAGGAGGAGGGCUCCAGGUCCGGCAUGCCCACUUUACCCUCCAACCCCUUUGACGAUGAUGAAGAUGAAAAGAAUGAGAUUAACGAGGAGGAGGAAGGCAUUCCGAAUCCAGCCACACUGGUGCCGAGUCAUCCGUGGUACAGCAUCACACAGGUGGCGGAAGCCUCUGGAGCAGACACGCCCCCUAGCACGGGCAGCUCCUCCCGCUCGGCAAGCCCAGGAAGUGCUAAAAGCAAGAAACGACCAGCACCUCGUGCACCGCAGCCACUUGCUGCUAACCAAGUCCAUCCUCAUUCUCAGCAAUCUUGUUGCUCACCAGCUGUCAGUGUGGAGAGUCUUUCUUCUGGCUCCGACCACAGCUCCUCCCAACUUCGUCCAGCCCCCGGAGGAGGGAGUGCCCAAGAAACCAAUUUCACCAAAAGCGUCUCAGAGCCUUCGAUCUGUUCGCCAUCUACCGCCUCUCCUUCCUCCUCCUCUUCCACUGAGCGUCUGCCUCAUUCAUGCUUGAGCCCCUUUGCAUUUCCCACGCCGUCAAAUGCAAGCUCCGCGCCUGCCACCCCACAGGUGAGUCGCAGCCAUGAGAGCAAAGCGACUGGACCCUCUCCACCACGGCCCAUGACCAAUCCCAGCCCAUUAGCCUUAGGGGACACCAUUUCACACAACAAGCGCAUUUGUAAGGAAAAUCCAUUCAACAGGAAAGUUUCUCCCGCCCCUGACAAAUCCAAAAGUAAACCCCCAAAAGGUCCUCGUCCUUCCAGACCCCCAGCCCCAGGUCAUGGCUUCCCACUUAUCAAACGCAAGGUACAGUCCGAUCAGUACAUCCCCGUGGAGGACAUCCACGGGGAGAUGGGUCAGCUGGAAAAACAACUGGAUGAGCUGGAGCUACGGGGUGUGGAACUAGAGAAGCUGCUCAGAGACAAUCCCAGUGAUGAAGAUGAGGAGCACCUCUUGGUCGACUGGUUCACACUCAUUCAUGAGAAACAUCACUUAGUCCGGCGAGAAGCUGAGCUUGUCUACACGGCGAAGCAGCAGAACCUGGAGGAGAGGCAGGCUGACGUGGAAUAUGAGCUGAGGUGUCUUCUCAACAAACCCGAGAAAGAUUGGACAGAGGAGGACAAGAGCCGCGAGCAACAGCUGAUGGCCGAGCUGGUUACCAUCAUUGAACAACGCAACCAAAUAGUCAACUGCAUGGACCAGGACAGGCAGAGGGAGGAAGAGGAGGAUAAGUUUAUGGAAGCCAUGCUGAAGAAAAAAGACUUCCACAAGGAGUCGGACGGAGACCAGCAGAAGAAAAAAGGGGCAAAGUUCAAACCCAUGAAGGUUUUGAAGAGGCUGAGCCACAAAGGGGAACCUGUAAAAAGUCCCCGUAAGGACAACAGCUGAUCCACGCAAGCAGUUUUUAAGUGUUCUCAGAAACUCAUGAAUGUCUUGAAGUGCCACAAAGACUCCCCGGUGCUCUUCGAACAAGAGCCAAAAUGACAACUUAAGUGCUUUAAGAGGUCUGGGACGUGUUGAGGAGCUCUCAGCGGUACUGCAGACUUGUAGGCUGUUGCCUGGCUGCCACUGUUCAAAGCUCAACUGGCCUGUAAUCAGUUUCCUAUCAGGUGAAAUGUAAUUAAAGGUUUGAGAUCCAGAGGCCUCAGAUGUCCUCAGUUUAUUGGAUGAUAUGUCAUCAAAGGCUGUUCAAGUUCUCUAAAUUGUGCAUUGAGUUACCCAAAAUCGUUCUUUUGGUCAAAAGGAUUGCUUUCAUGUAAGCUGUUAGCUGCUUUAUAGAAAACGUUGGCAUCUUUCAGUCGCUAUUGUUAAGCAUGGCAAAGAUCCAGAGUAUCAAAGUGACAUAAUUUGCACACAGAUACGUGUGACAUUAUUCGUUUUAAAUGUCAUGUAUGCAGCCGUGUUGUUAGACAUGGCAAAAGAACGGUUUUCAUCUUUUUUUGAAUUAGGGAAGCUCUGUUUUAAUUUAUUUUGCUAUGCUUCUUUUUUUUUGUUUGUUUUUCCUUUAAAGUGAAUGUUUCACAUAGCUGCCCUUUAUUUAAUUGCAUGUACACACAUCAUCUCCCUGAAUUGAGGUACUUCUGCCAUUACUUUUUGUGCAGCUGCAAAAUUUUACAGAUACUGGUGAGAUUAGAAGUAAGACAAAUAAAGCAAGUUGCUACAUGUACA